ACACAUAUAUUUUCAUAUAUUUCAUCUUAAUUUAUUAUAGGAUUUUAUUAUAGGAUAUAAGUAUUUUACUAAAUUUACGUAAAAUAAAGUACAUGUCAGUUGCGCGCAACUACCCACGCCUGCACAUCCCUGCCCCAAAGCUACUACUUUGAUACACCAGACUAGAUGAGAUAUAUACUCUGUUAUAUUUAUGCCCCAUUUUCUAUUUUUAUUCCGUCUGUUUAUUUUGUUUUGUGCUGGAUUCUAUGUUUCAUAAUGAAUAAUAAAUAAAUAAAUAUAUUCUUAUUAUUUUUGCAUUUUAGGAACGUAUUUAACCUUUUUCACAACUUAUCAAUUUCUUUGAGUUCAACGGUUAUUGAAAUAAAACAUGUGGAAUGAGUUCGUUAGUACAAUUUAGUUGUCACAUUUCAAAUUCCACUGAAGGUUAAUAAUUCAGUGAAUUAUCAUCAACUUAAAUCAUUACUAAUCAAGUGAUAUUAAGUAAUUAUUUAAAAAUGGAUUUAUCAGAAGUUCCGACGUCUAUGAAAAGUAUUCAGCAUUACUUGAACAUUGCAUCACAGCAUGAUUCACGAGAUCUAGUAAUUAGCUACUGGGCUCGAUUUUACGCGGCGCAAACUGCUUUGAGUUUAUCCAAAAAAAAAUCAUCAGAGGAAACAAAUUUUUUAAUUAAGCUCAUGACUUGGUUGGAGAAUACGAAAAAACAAUUACAUGACAAUGAAUGUAUCACUAAUGAUAUAGCAGCACAAGCAUAUAUAGAAAAUUAUGCUUUGAAGAUUUUUCAUUAUGCCGAUCAAAAUGAUAGGGCUUCAAAUUUUUCCAAAAAUUUGAUUCAGAGUUUCUAUACAGCUGGAUUUCUUUAUGACAUAUUAACUACUUUUGGAGAAUUAAGCGAAGAAGCUAAUCAAAAUAGAAAGUACGCUAAGUGGAAGGCUGCUUAUAUUCAUAAUUGUUUGAAAAAUGGACAAACACCAAUCCCUGGUCCCAUUGAUCAAGAAGAAUCAAAUGAUUCUAAUAAUCAUGAAUCAGCGUCAGAUGGUGAAACAAUGUUAAACAGUAAUUCAGAAUCGGAUUCAAACAAUGUAAAUGAUGAAAAAGAGAUUACGGAUCCGUGUGAUAUACUUUCUUCUCAUGAUUCAGCAUUGUCGGAUGAUACUUCUACAGCUUCAACUAGUACCAUAAAUUUGCCAGGUGCAAAACAACGAGCUAGUCUGAGUGCUGAUCAAUUGCUUAAAGCGCAAAAAUACAUUAAAUGGGCUGGAAGCGCAAUAAAUUAUGAUGACAUACCAACAGCUGUCGAAAAUUUACAGAAAGCAUUGUGCCUCAUAACCACAGGACAAGAUAGCUAAAGCAUACGAAAUAUAAUGGAAGAAGUUCAGAUAUUUUUUCAAAAGAAUGUAAUAAAAUUUAUAAAAUUAA